GACGUAAGACAAGCGCUGCCGCAUUAAGCGAACAUCGGCGCGCGGGAACAGUUGAACUUCCUUCGAGGUGCGGGAAGGUACCGUGAAAAGUUCGGGUCACGCUGUUGCAAGGAGAAUCAUUGUUUGCGGUGGAGCAUUAGCGCGCCAUAGCAGUAUAGCCCUCGAUAAGGCGACGACGUUACCUUCGUUUCGCAGGGAGCCGCGUUGUAUUUUCACGGAAGCUUCUCUGGUGCAACAAUGUUUGAGGCUCGCUUGGUCCAGGGCUCCAUUCUGAAGAAGGUGCUAGAGGCCCUGAAGGACCUGAUCACCGAGGCCUGCUGGGACGUGAGCUCCUCGGGCAUUUCCCUGCAGAGCAUGGACUCGUCCCACGUGUCCCUCGUGCAGCUCACUCUGCGCAGCGACGGCUUCGACUCGUACCGCUGCGAUCGGAACCUGGCCAUGGGGGUCAACCUGAGCAGCAUGUCAAAGAUCCUGAAAUGUGCCGGAAACGAAGACAUCAUCACUCUGCGAGCGGAGGACAACGCGGACACGCUGGCCCUCAUUUUCGAGACACUAAACCAGGAGAAAGUGUCUGACUACGAGAUGAAGUUGAUGGACUUGGAUGUGGAGCAGUUGGGAAUCCCUGAGCAAGAGUACAGCUGCGUGGUGAAGAUGCCCUCGGGGGAGUUUGCGCGGAUCUGCCGUGACCUGUCUCAGAUCGGCGAUGCCGUCAUGAUCUCCUGCGCUAAGGAUGGGGUCAAGUUCUCUGCCACUGGGGAGCUGGGUACUGGAAACGUCAAGCUGUCGCAGACCAGCAACGUGGACAAGGAGGACGAAGCUGUCACAAUUGAGAUGAAUGAACCUGUUCAGCUCAUCUUCGCCCUCAACUAUCUCAACUUCUUCACCAAGGCCACACCUCUAUCCAAGACGGUUAUCCUCAGCAUGUCUGCAGAUAUCCCACUAGUGGUGGAGUACAAGAUUGCAGACAUGGGACAUGUGAAAUACUACCUGGCACCCAAAAUUGAUGAAGAGGCUUCCUAAACUUGAGCCUGGCAGGAGCAUGGAGAAGUUUUGAGCGGGACUUGUGCAAGUCACGAUUGUGUCAGGGUUGCAGGGCGAAUGUCUCUUGGUCCUGCAAUCCCAGGAAUGUCAGAUUUCUACGCGUUGCUACAGCGUCUGGAUUGCGAGUAAAGUGAAGUUUUAGCGCGGACUUCUUCGCAGACCUGCCUCUGUAUUCGGUGAUCUGUGGGGAGAUCAGUUCUCUUUGGGAGCACAUAAAUUUUAAAAAUGCGUGUCUGUCCGUCAGAAGGUUCUGCCUGGAGUCCACACUGCAGUCCAGUGUGAUGAGCUACACUUGGCCCCAUGUCCGCUGCUCCUGUCACGUUUCCCCCCUCAUACGUGCAACCACCUGUCCACAACUGUACAUAUUUUUCUGUAAAUAUUCUUUGACUCCCAGUUUUAUUACUUGUUCUGUCCACAUGCCCAGUAAUAAACCAUUUGAGGUUCCCACCCCCUUUUUCCAGAUGAUAAAUUUUAAACACUUUGUGAUGUGUAUUUUGGCUCUGAAUAUCAUACAUGUAUGCAAUGAAAUCCUACAAAUGUUGAUAUUACUACUUCUAGAAUAGAUACUAGUAAUUUUCUCUAAAUCACCUU